AUGGCCACUACCGAAGCGGAGAAGCCGUCCAAGGCGCCAAAGACCGAGGAUGCGACGUCACAAUCCCCCGAGUCCAAGAAGCGCAAGUCGGUCGCUGUCGAGGAGAUCGAGGUCGACCUUGAGGCCCCCGAGCCCCCCUCAAAGCGCGCCAAACGUCUCCUGAAGAAGGGAAAGAAGCUGCCUCCCAAGGUCGACAGCGACGACGAGAAGGAGGCCAAAAAGAAGGAGAAGGAGGAGAAGGAACAGGCCGCCAAGGCCCGCUCCGAGCACGGCGUGUGGAUCGGCAACCUGCCCUUCUUCGUCACCGCCGACGAGCUGCGCAAGUGGCUUAUUGCCAACUCGGGCGAGAUGAUCACCGAGGAGUCCAUCACGAGGCUGCAUCUUCCGUCCACCAAGCAGGCAGGCCGCGACAAGCCCUCGAACAAGGGCUUUGCGUACGUUGACUUUAACGACGUUGCGCCCAAGGUCGCCGCCAUCGCCCUGACCGAGGCUGAGCUGGGCCACCGCAAGCUUCUUAUCAAGGACUCCAAGUCGUUUGAGGGCCGGCCAAAGAAGGAGGAGGAGACCGCCGCUGCGGCGGCGGCUGCGGCCAAGGAGGAGGUGCCCAAGAGCAGCAAAAUCUUCAUCGGCAACCUGAGCUUCAAGACGACCGACGACGACGUGUGGCAGCAUUUCGAAAAGUGCGGGCAGAUUGAUUGGGUCAAGGUUGCGACCUUCGAGGACACGGGAAAGUGCAAGGGCUACGGCUGGGUCAAGUUCCGCGAGCCCGAGUCUGCCGGCUGGGCCGUUAAGGGCUUCGUGAAGAUCAAGGAGGAGAUUGAGACCGAGGACGACUUUGUAGAGUCCUCCAAGGACAAGGACGACGACGACGAGAUGGAAGAGGAGAGAGAUGAGGCCAAGGAGAAGAAGACGGCCGAGGAGCCGCGGUUCAAGAUGAGGAAAUGGUGGGUCAACAAGCUUCUCGGCCGCAUGCUCAAGAUCGAGCUCGCCGAGGACGACCAGACGCGGUACAAGAAGCGGUUUGGCAAGGACGCGCCCAAGAGGCAACAACAGCAGAAUGGCGAGGGUGCCGAGGGUACCGAAGGUGCGCCGGCAGAAGAGAGGAAGCCGAGGGCCCCUCGGCCCCCGAGGACGGAGAAGCCGAAGCCUGCGGCGGGCGAGCUUAAGGCGCAGGACGAUAUCAUGGUUGCGAGGUUGACCGGUGCGGCGGCGAAGCAUACUGGUACCAAGAUUACGUUUGACUAG